ACCACGAGCCGGCGGGGGAGGUCCCCGGAGCCCGCGGCGGCAGAGCCUGCGAGUGCUGGGAAGACGGCAGCAGGGCCAAGCGACAGCGCGCGAGUCACAGCGCCCUGGAGGUAGCACCAGUUCUUCCAGGAUGGCCCCUCUUGUUCUGUCCACUCCUUGCCGUGCCCCCACCCCUGCUCAUAGUGAAUGAAGAGGCACGGGGCAUCUCUGAACCUCCACUGAAGCCAGAAAAGUAUCCUGAAGGUGUCAGUUCCCUUGCUUCACCUCCUGCCAACUCCUGGUUCCCUGUGGGUCCUGCUCCCUCCCAGACUGGGAUAUGUGCAAGGGGCCCAGCUCUGGGUCCAGAUGACACUCAUGCCCAUGGCUUCAGUGAUGGCGGUGACUGAACCAAAAUGGGUCUCAGCGUGGGGACGCUUCCUAUGGAUGCUGCUGCUGAGCAUGGUGCUGGGGUCCCUGCUCACCCUGCUGCUGCCCCUGGGAACCAUGGAGGAGCAGUGUCUGGCUGUGCUCAAAGGCUUCUACCUGCUCAGGAGCAAGGUAGAUAGGGCACAGCCUGCCGUGACCAAGUGCACCAGCCCGUCCACGGAGCUAAGUGUCACCUCCAGGAAUGCAGCGCUGCUGGUGGUCAAGACCAAGGUCUCUCCAGCCGGCAAGUUGGAAGCCCAGGCAGCUUUGAACCAAGCCCUGGAAAUGAAACGCCAGGGCAAGCGGGAGAAAGCCCACAAGCUCUUCCUGCACGCCCUCAAGAUGGACCCUGGCUUUGUGGAUGCGCUCAACGAGUUCGGCAUCUUCUCAGAAGAGGAUAAGGACAUCAUCCAGGCGGACUACCUGUACACCAGAGCGCUGACCAUCGCGCCCUACCAUGAGAAGGCGCUGGUCAACCGCGACCGCACGCUGCCGCUGGUGGAGGAGAUCGACCAGCGGUACUUCAGCAUCCUCGACAGCAAAGUGAAGAAGGUCAUGUCCAUCCCCAAGGGCAACUCCGCACUGCGCAGGGUCAUGGAGGAGACGUACUACCACCACAUCUACCACACGGUGGCCAUUGAGGGCAACACCCUCACCCUCUCGGAGAUCCGGCACAUCCUGGAGACCCGCUACGCCGUGCCUGGCAAGAGCCUGGAGGAGCAGAACGAGGUCAUCGGCAUGCACGCGGCCAUGAAGUACGUCAACACCACACUGCUGUCCCGCAUCGGCUCCGUCAGCAUCAGCGACGUGCUAGAGAUCCACAGGCGGGUGCUGGGGUACGUGGAUCCGGUGGAAGCUGGCCGCUUUCGGACGACACAGGUCCUGGUGGGACACCACGUCCCGCCCCACCCUCAGGAGGUGGAGAAGCAGAUGCAGGAGUUCAUACAGUGGCUCAACUCCGAGGAUGCCAUGAACCUGCACCCAGUCGAGUUUGCGGCCUUGGCCCACUACAAACUGGUCUACAUCCAUCCCUUCAUCGAUGGCAAUGGCAGGACCUCGCGCCUGCUCAUGAACCUCAUCCUCAUGCAAGCGGGCUACCCACCCAUCACCAUCCGCAAGGAGCAGAGGUCCGAGUACUACCACGUGCUGGAGGUUGCCAAUGAAGGCGACGUGAGGCCUUUCAUCCGCUUCAUUGCCAAGUGCACAGAGACCACCCUGGACACCCUGCUCUUCGCCACCACAGAGUAUCCAGUGGGGCUGCCAGAGGCCAAACCCAACCACUCUGGGUUCAAGGAGACACUGCCUGUAAAGCCUUAAGGCUGUAAAUCCUCCCUUGGUGACAAGGGGUGUCCUAGCGGGGAUAAAAAUCACAGAAACUUAGCAUUUCUAGAAACCUAGUCAUCUCCCAGAGCAGGAGAUGAGGAGCUUGAACAUUCUUUACCUCCAGUUGUUUCUUUAAAGAAGAAAAUUAAGUUAUUAAGCUUUGUCCCUAAAAUAACUUAUAAUUGAGCCAAGUUAUUUAUUUCCUUUUGAGCUGAUAAGUGUGUGGCGUCAGCUGUCCAAGCCGGCGGCCCCUGUUCAUGGGGUGGCCCCAGCAGACUUCAAGGGGCAUCAGUGCACCUUGUGACCAGAACAAGUUUUGGAGCAGAAUUUGCACUAAGGUGGGGUGAGGUCUCGAGCCACAGGAGUAACUCCUUCCAGCCUUUCUGAAGCUGGCGGAGGAGAACCUGGUUCGUAGUUCUGAGAAAUGACUGAAAGCUUGCUUUCCUACAGGUGUUGGCUCCCCUACAAAGAGAUGAGCGCUGUGACUAAUCCUUACUGGGUGGUAGAGCAAAUUUCUGAGAUAUGAAAUGACUGUUGACAAUACUUCUGGUGAGACACCUUGCUCAUUUUAAGGAAGAUUCUGUGAGCCAUAGUUGGCAAAGUCCAGUACCAAAGACUGUAAUUUUUCCACAUCAAGACUUUUUUUCUAAUUAAGAACAGGGGAUAGCCUAGUUUCUGUGUGUCAAUGUCUCACAUUUGUGGCAAUUCAGACCAGAUGUUAUGGCCUAAAAGUCCUCUGGGUCUGUCACCCGGUCAUUAAAUCCUGCUGCAAACCAAGUGUUAGGACACAUCUGAGAAGACAGAUGCCAUGUCCAUGCCAAACAAGCACCAGUUCUAGGAACCAAGAAAAACCUUUGACCACAGGCAGGAUGCAUCCCUCGAACCCCCUUUCCUGCCCCACAGCCACUGUCCAGCAUCCCCUUGGGAAGCAGAAUAGAUGGCCUUGGGGUGGCCUUAUUUUUCUAGCAACUUGUACAAAGAUGUAAUCUUACAUUUAACACAGCCAAGGUUCCCAGUUGUCAUGAUGGAAGUAGCAAGGAGCUCCCUUCAAUCGUACGUGGCACCAGGGCCAACACGACUGCUGCUGUUUAGAGUCUGAAUGGCUGGGAACCACUGGUCCCUUACCAGUGACCCAGCGGUGACAUCUGACACUAUACACACUUCAUUCAGACACUGACAGAGACUCUCCACCGAGUGCUGUCUCGGACUGGAGAAUUCAGAUCCAGAUAGUAAUGAGAUCCUUCUUAUGGAGCAAGUGUUUAUACAGUCAUUUAAUUGUGUAAUAAGCACAGAGUAGUUGGCUGAAAGAUUAAUAAGUGAAAAGAUGUAUGAAAUGGCCCCAAACCUUUAUAAGAAAUAUUUUUGUAUUUAUAUGCUGCCGUCAGGAUUUCUUACACCUUUAACUCUUCUACCGUCUUGCUUUCGUAAGCACACCCCGGAAGCCUGACUAGAAUGCUUGCUUUGAACUCAAGGGAGAAAUGUGCACUUUAGCUGUAUGUGAAGGAUGUUAUUUAACAAAUUGCUGAUUAAUAAAAGUAUUUUGUUACAUAAA